UCAUAUAAUGCAAUAUAUAUAAGUUCACAAAUAAAACAAUAAUCUCAUACACUAACUUUCUCCAAUCUCUAGCUUCCAAACACAAACAUGCAAAGCAGCAGAGAUGAGCCAGUAUCACCUGCUGGACGGUUAUUUUUGCAGUCAAAAACUGAGCUUAUAAUCAACUGUUCAAUAGGCUUCAAAAAUCCCCUUGAACCAGAAGCCAUGAAAACAUAUGUCGCAAACUCUUUAUUCAUGAAACACCCUAGAUUUUGCAGUCUCUUAGUGGUUGAUGCAAAGGGUAGGGAAUUUUGGAGGAAAACCAAAAUCAAUAUAGAUAAUCAUGUAAUUAUUCAUCCCAAAAAUCCAAGCUUAGAAUGUGAAUCAGAGGAAGAAUGUGAGGACAAAAUUAAUGCUAUUUUAGCAGAUUAUGCAGUUUCUUCUCCUUUGAGUAUGGAGAAACCCUUAUGGGAGUUACACAUAAUUAGUGAACUUAAAUGUAUGAUUUUUCGAUUUCAUCAUGCUAUGGGAGAUGGCAUUUCUUUGAUGUCAUUGUUUUUAGCUACUUGCAAAAGAUUAUGUGAUGGUAAAGAUGCUGUUAGUGAUGUUAAUGUUAGUGAAAAUAAGAAGGGAGAAAUCAAGAAAAGGAAGGGGAAAGGAAAUCCAUUCAUAGGAAUAUUGAAGGUGAUUUGGUGGACAAUACUUUCUGUGAUGGAGGUGAUUGGAAGGUCUCUAUGGGUAAGAGAUAAAAAGACUGCGAUUAGCGGCGGCGAUGGGGUGGAGCUCUGGCCGAGGAUGGUGGCAACUGCCAAGUUUACUCUUGAGGAUAUGAAAACUGUCAAAAGGACUAUUCCUCACGCGACCAUCAAUGACGUUCUCUUUGGAGUUAUAUCUUUUGGUUUUUCGAAAUAUUUGGAGAGUCGGUCGUCACAAGGUUUGCAGGAAGGGCAACAAAUCACGGGAUUAGCCACGGUUAAUUUAAGAAAGCAACCCGGAUUACAGGAAGUAUCCAAGUUAAUGGAUGAAAAUUGUUCCAGAUGGGGUAAUAAAUUCGGGUUUAUGAUAUUGCCUGUUUAUUAUCAUAACACAAAAGAUGCAGAUCCACUGAAGUUUGUAAAAAGAGCUAAGGUCAUGAUUGAUCGGAAAAAACAAUCCUUGGGGGCUCAUUUCUCAUACUAUGCAGGGAAGUUUACAAUGUCUCUACUUGGACCGAAGGCUGCGAGCAUGUCUAAUCACAAAAUUCUUUGCAAUACAACCUUCGUCAUCUCAAACAUAGUUGGUACACAAGAGGAAUCCACAUUUGCUGGAAACCCCAUGACCUAUAUAACAGCAACAACUACUAGCUUGCCUACUGCGGUUAUGAUGCACAUGGUGAGCUAUGCGGGAAAGGCUAGCAUGCAAAUUUCGGUGGCAAAAGAAAUAAUCCCUGAUCCACGAUUUCUGGCACAAUGCUUUCAAGAUGCGUUGCUUGAAAUGAAGACUGCUGCACAGCCUGCAACAGUGGAUGAUGUCUGCUAGCCAUUGGAUUCAAUAUUGCAAGCAUGCAUGCAUGAUGAGGCCUGAUCAGGGUAGUUGGCACGGCCCGAUGGCCGCAUGGGCACUAUGGCUCCAUUCACUUACUCAUUUUUUAGGGUAUAUUUCGGAACUGUUGAAAAUGCCGACUAGAAACCAUAUAAUACUCCCUCUGUUUUUUUAUCA